AUGGUGGCUGUCUCAUCCUCUGUGCUCCGAGUUCAUGUGCUUGCAUGCUAUAUUUCUGAGAAUGAGACUGUUUAUUCUGAUGUCAUUCCUCAGUGGAAUGGGUUGGUUGAUUUGCAAACUGAGCAGAACUUUAGGUUCUACAAGGUUUUGGAUUCAAGUCUAUCCAGUCUUCUUUUCCUUCUCUAUUUGCAUCCUGCUUCUCUCUAUGCACGGAUGUUUGCAUCUACACGUGCAAGAAAGAUCUCUUUUGGGAUGUUGGCAAUGCAAGAUGAGGAUGGGUCCUCCUCAAAGUCCUCCAACUCUAGACACACCACAUCUACAGUGCCGAAGAAGUAUAUUGCGUGUCAUCCUUCACCAAUAUGCUAUGUGAAACAUUACAGAGAGUACAUGGUAGCUUCACAUUUGAAAGUUCUCGAUAACUUGUCCAUUGAAAAAACUGAUAAAGAGAGAGCCAAUGGUAUCUUUUCACAACACUUUGAGUACCUUCCAUACAAGAGGAAGAAUAAGGAGAGUGUUGUCAGUAUCUUGCAUAAGCGUGAAAUUAGAGCUAGCUGUACAAACUCACAAAAUUGGAGGCGGAAGCCAUUGUAUGUUUCGGCAAAGUCUCAAUGUUUCUUUUCCAGGUCACUUUCCGCUGCAAAAGUUGGUUCUUGGCCUCUCUUGCAUCCGCUUUCUAUUUCAGGAGAUGAAAGCAGAAGUUUCCGUCCACGGCAAUUUGAAUACCAUCCUUCUGACUCGAGUCUUAUGGCUUUCGGUACUUUGGAUGGGGAAGUAGUUGUCAUCAAUCAUGAAAAUGGAAAAAUUGUUAGUUACAUCCCAUCACUGGGAAGAAUGAAUAGUGUGCUGGGACUAUGCUGGCUCAAAAGGUAUCCAUCCAAGGUCAUUGCUGGUUCGGACAAUGGUUCACUAAAAUUGUGUGACAUCAAGCCCAUUUCUUCAAGAAACAAGGGAACCAAUUCCAUUGCCCGUUCUUUUACCUUUGAUGAGUUUGAUCAGUUGACAUCUGUUCAUGUAAACUCAACGGAUGAAUGGUUUCUCGCAAGUGGGUACUCGAAAAAUGUUGCUUUGUAUGACAUUGGCUGUGGAAGACGUUUGCAAGUGUUCGUUGACAUGCACCGAGAGCACAUUAAUGUUGUUAAGUUUGCAAACCAUUCUCCUUCCAUUUUUGCUACAUCCUUCGAUCAGGAUGUUAAGAUGUGGGAUCUGAGACAAAAACCAAUUUUCCCUUGCUAUACGGCUGCAAGCUCUCGAGGAAAUGUGAUGGUAUGCUUUUCCCCCGAUGACCACAAUCUUCUUGUGUCAGCGGUUGACAAUGAGGUUAAACAACUUUUGGCUGCUGAUGGGAGGCUUCAUCUGGACUUUAAUAUAGUUUCAACAGGAAGCUCACAAAAUUACACUCGUUCUUAUUACAUGAAUGGAAGAGACUUUGUCAUCAGUGGAAGCUGUGAUGAAAAUGUAGUAUGUAUUUGUUUUGCUCAAACUGGAAGACGCCUGAGGGAUUUAUCAUUGGAGGGUAAAGGGGCAGAGGCUUCGAUGUUUGUGCAGUCUUUGAGGGGUGAUCCAUUCAGGGACUUUAAUAUGAGUAUUUUAGCAGCCUAUAUACGUCCCAGUUCAAACUCUGAAAUUGUUAAGGUGAAUUUGCUUGCGUCAAGCGACUAUGCCAAAGAAGACUCUGAUGGCCUGCAUUCUCGCCUGUCCUGCAGCAUGGGAGGUUGAUAGGUAUGCGCACAACUCCAAAAUGUACAUAAAUUGUUGUUGCAUAUUCUAUGAUUUUCUUUCUCAUGAUUAGUGGUAAAUAGUUUUGCUAGGUAUCCUCGGGUCCAGAUAUUGAAGAAAUGUAUUGUAUACUUAGUGUUGUUUCCUUUUAUUUGUCAGCCAAGUACUGUAAUAAUGGCCAUGAAUUUAUGUUCU